AAACCCUAAAACAGAAAGAAGAAAAAAAAAAAAAAAAAACUCUCGAUUUCCAAACGCCUCUUGGGAGAGAGAAUUCUUCCUCCAGAGGAGUUGCGGCCCCUCAAUUCACCGUCUCUAAUUCGAAUUUUAUUCCUUUUGUUUUCUUCUGAUAUUUUUGUUUCCCGGGUGUCUCCCGUGUUGCCACAUUGCGGGAUUUUGCGUUGCUAUAGCACCAACCGAUCCCGUCUCUCUUUAUAUUUGCCCUGGAGCAGAAGGUUUUUCAGUUGGGUUUCCAUUUUUUCCAUUUUUUUCAGUGCGUCUGAAGCGAUAUUUAUUCGAUUCUGGCUGUAGAAUCUUGAUUUGAGUCGGAAAGUUGGUGCUUUGAGGAUAGAAAUCAUUGAUUUUUGAAAGGAUAGCGAGUGUUUUUUUAAUAAAAAAUUUUGAUUCAAGCCGCCGUUUUUGAUUUAUACAUUGUUGCUCUACCUUUUGGAUUCUUUAGCGUUUUGAUUCUUUGGUAUUUUUUGCAGCAAAAAUUAUGGAUUUUAUGAUGAAUUUUUAUUGAUUUUUAUUUGGGGUUUUCUUGUUCUGGAUAUUUGGGCUGUAGUGAGUGUUUGGAGGGUUUGGAUUUCACUAGAAUGUGCACCAAGUAAUGUUAAAGAGAGAAGCUUUGCGAUUAUUCUUUUGUCAAUUCCAGACCCUUUGGAGUAUUCGUGCGUCGAUGGCUUCAACCAAGCAUCCAUUUUCUGCAAGCUUCUGUGGGUUCAGUCAGUCGAGUGAAUCUUACGAGCAGGGUAGACACCGUAGACAGGGUUGGGUUGAUAUGGGAAUUAGUUCCAGAAAAAUUUCGUUCAAUGCCUUGAGAUUGAGAAGCUGUAUGGGUCGCCAUGAGGAUGGUUUUAGAAGAGUAGAUGAUGAAACAGGAAAGGCUCAUGCUAUGCCACCGUAUUGCCUAUCCCUUCAUGAUUCUGAAGUGGUCUUUAGAGAGGAGGUGGGUGCAGAAUUGGUGAAUGGAAAUGGAGCAUGCAGACAUGGAAAUCCCCUUGAAUUCUCUGACCAUUCCAUGCUGGAGAAAUUGGUGGUUGCCGUUGAUGUUGAUGAAGUCCUUGGAAGCUUUCUCUCAGCAUUAAACCAAUUUAUUGCGGAUCACUACUCUUCAAAUCAUUCAUUGACAGAGUACUAUGUAUACGAGUUUUUCAAGAUAUGGAAUUGUUCUCGAGUGGAAGCUGAUAUCCGUGUUCAUGAGUUCUUUAAAACUGUUUAUUUCAAAGAGGGUAUCCAUCCUAUCCCAGGUGCUCGACAUGUUCUUCACAAACUGUCCACGUUUUGCAAUUUAUCAGUGGUGACAUCUCGGCAGAAUGCAAUCAAAGAUGACACACUGAAGUGGAUUGAAGAGCAUUAUCCUGGGUUGUUUCAGGAGAUUCACUUUGGGAAUCAUUUUGCUUUGGAUGGACAGUCACGGCCAAAAUCUGAGAUUUGCAAGUCUUUGGGAGCCCAAGUUCUGAUUGAUGACAACCCCCGAUAUGCUCUUGAAUGUGCAGAUGUAGGUAUCAGAGUCUUACUCUUCGACUAUGAAAACUCAUAUCCCUGGAGCAAGUCUGACUCUGCAGCUUCACACCCACUGGUGACCAAGGUUCAUAAUUGGCAAGAAGUAGAGAACCAACUGGUUUCAUUGGCAGUUCCUUAGUGCUUGGCUUGGAAUGCAUAUGGAACAUUUUUCCUUAAACAUCCUUGGAUGAGCUGUCUUGCAAUAGCUUGUGACAUUUGAUUUCAGAUGGAUUUAAAUGGAGGCUGAGUUCCUUGUCAGUAACAUUUCCUUGGGAGAUUUUACAGUUUUUGCAGGUCCCCAGGUCCCUUGCUUUCAAAAAAUAUAUAAAGCAGGGUAAUGAAUUUUGAUCAAUUGUAGAGUAGCUAUAGAAGGGCUGUAAGUCCAUUUAAGUGCUAGGUAGCAAGGCUAGAAUCAAAUUGAGUUCUCUCUGUUGAACAACAGUCUAAUGUAAGAGGUAAACAGUAUUUCCGUGUAUAUAGUUACGAGGACGGCAUUAUGAAAUUUAGUAAACCUUUUGCAA